AUGUAUCGUAGACAGAAUUUCGACCGGCUAAAUCCGCGUAACGUGCUUCCUAGUCGACAUACUCUCUUUAUUAGAGGGUUGCCAGGGUCUACAGAUGUGACUAAAGUGAAAGAUUUCUUCAGCAAUGAAACGAAUUCCAGGUGCUCUGUGGAGUUCUUUUCUACUUCAGAGGAUAAGAAGAGGUUUUCAGUUGCCAUACGGUUCAAAUCUCACGAUAUUGCGAGUGAAAUGCUUCGUCGGUAG